GCUGGUCACCACAAUUUGACAGAGAGAAUCAUGGACGCAGCCACGUUGGAAGCUGCGAUUGUGGCCAAGGGCAAUGAAAUCCGAGAGCUGAAGGCAGCAAAGGCGGACGUGACGGCGCAAGUCGCUGAUCUGAAGAAGCUCAAGGCGGACUACAAGUUAGCCGCGGGCCAUGAAUUUGGCGCCUCGGCGGCGGCCGCCGCCCCCAAGGAAAAACAGUUGACGAAGAAGGAAUUGCGCAUUUUGGAAAAGCAAAAGGCCGCGGAAGCGGCGGCAGCCAUCAAGACGGACUCGGCGGAUCCUUCCAAGUUUGGCGAUGCGCCGCUGAUCCAGUCCCGGGAACUGCCCACCAAGACGUUUGUCGAUGUCGCGAACAUCGACAAGUCGUUGGCGGGCCAGUCGUUCUGGGUGCGCGGGUACUUGCAGAACUGCCGCGCCAAGCCGAAAAUCGCGUUUUUGAUUGUGCGUCAAGGCGCGUUUACGAUCCAAGCCGUCGUCACCGAAAGCGCCGACGUGUCCAAGGCUCUGAUCAAGUACGCGUCCGACAUCCCCCGCGAGUCGGUCGUCGACGUGUUCGUGACCGUGAUCGUUCCCGUGAACCCCAUCACCGGCACGACCCAGCACGACGCCGAGCUGUCCGUGGCCAAGAUCUUCACCAUCAGCAAGGCGCUUCCGGUGCUGCCGCUGCAGGUCGAGGACGCCUCCCGGUCCGACACGCUCGUGUUUGCCGAAGGCUCCGACUACGUCGAAGUGGGCUUGGACACGCGCUUGGACAACCGCGUGCUGGACCUGCGCACACCGGCCAACCAAGCCAUCAUGCGCAUCCAGUCGGGGGUCGGCCAGCUCUUCCGCGAGUUCCUCUACAGCAAGGGCUUUGUGGAGAUCCACACGCCCAAGCUGCUCGGGGGCGCCAGCGAAGGCGGCGCCAACUGCUUCUCGUUUGGGUACUUUGGCGAGUCGGCCGUGCUGGCGCAGUCGCCGCAGCUACACAAGCAGAUGGCGUGCGCAUGUGCCGGCCUCGAGAAGGUGUUUGAGAUCGGACCGGUCUUCCGCGCCGAGAACUCGCUCACGGCGCGCCAUUUGUGUGAGUUUACGGGGCUCGACUUGGAAAUGGCCAUCAAGGAGCACUACUCCGAGUGCCUGGACGUGUUUUCGGACCUGUUCAUUUACGUGUUUGACAAUUUGAACUCGAGGUUCAAGCGCGAACUCGACAUCAUCAACGAGCAGCAUCCGUUUGAACCACUCAAGUACCGCAACCCGACGCUCGUGCUCAAGUUUGACGAGGCGGUGGCCAUGCUGCAAGAGGCGGGGAUCGACCAGGACCUGCUCGAAGACUUGAGUACGCCCAACGAAAAGGCCCUCGGUGCCCUUGUCAAGGCCAAAUAUGACACGGAUUUUUACUUUUUGGACAAGUUUCCGCUGUCCGUGCGCCCGUUCUACACGAUGCCCGACCCCACCGACGAACGAUGGAGUAACUCGUACGACUUUAUGAUCCGAGGCCAGGAGAUCCUCAGCGGCGCCCAGCGCGUGCAUGACCCCGCGCUCCUCGUGAAGCGCAUGGAGUCGCUCGGCGUGCCGGAAACCGAACUGCAGACGUAUGUGGACGCGUUCAAGUUUGGCGCGUUGCCGCAUGCCGGCGGCGGCGUCGGCCUCGAGCGGGUGGUGAUGCUCUUCCUCGGCCUCGGCAACAUCCGCAAGGCGUCCAUGUUUCCCCGCGACCCCAAACGCUUGCGUCCGUAAGCUGUGAUUGCCGCCACAACUGACCGACCGGCCAGGCUGUAGGACCAAGUGCUUGAAUAUACUGCCUCCGUUGUAUAGCCCAUUUGCAAAUAUUUGCAGAUAAUCACAACAUUGCCCAUUUGCAAAUAUUUUCAAAUAAUCACAACUUCACAUUGCCCA